UUCAGUCUUUCAUUAAUGGAUUUCAUUGUUCAUCUUUUUUUUUUUUUUUUUCAAAUCCGUACCAGUCAAUACGUUAGAUACCCACUCGCUUUCUCUUGAAACUCACACCCCUCCAUGUUAACUACGUUUACGUAACAAAAUCUCAAUUAAAUUUUCAAUCUUCCAAAAGUAGCAGUCCAACUUUCACACGCUAAAUGAAUCCUCUCUCUCUCUCUCCCUCCCAAGCCGAAGCCCUUGUAUGAUAUGGUGGUUCUACUCAACAGCAACAAUAAAGUACGAUAAAAUUUCCAUUUUCUCAAAUUCUCUUUCAACUUCUUCAACCUUAGCGUAGUUGAAUUCCUUCUUCUUUCUUAAAAUUUUCUUCCUUUCGCUCUACCAGUUUCAGUUUUAUUUUAAGAUUGAAACAUGACUCUAAAACUACAAAUUCUCUUCUUUGUGGGAAUCUUGAAUAUGUUUUCAGUACUCACAGUUCAUGCAUCUAUAAAAUGUGACAGAACAUGCGGCAACAACCUCGUCUCCUACCCUUUUGGAUUCUCUAGCGGUUGCCAUAUUCAUCUGAAUUGCAGCUCAAAAGGUCAAAUCUUUAUAGGCGAGUUUCCAGUCCAAACCAUAAACAGCGAUAACAUAAAACUUAUCAUCCAACCCACAUGCAUCCGUUCAAUCAAAACCCUUCACCAACUCUUCACCCACAACUACGCCCCAACAGCAAGAAACGCCAUACUUUUAAACGACUGCAAUUCCACUGUCAAUACAUGUGAAAUACCUUCAUUAAUUGACCUGCAGACUCAAUUUCAUUCAUUUAAAUGCGACUCAAAUGAUAGCCGCAAUAUCAGUUGCUAUUCGGAAGAGAAAGAUUAUGGAUUUCUUGAUUAUGAUAAUAUUACCAGGCGACAGUGCAAGUAUCUUUUGUCGUCCAUAUCAGCAGAGCCAUCCAUAUCAGGAGUUUCAUUAGAUAUUCAGGUUGUGGAGCUGGGGUGGUGGCUAGAAGGAUCGUCCUACUGUUCCAAGGAUGCAAAUUGUACUCCGGUUUUAUCUCCCGGAGGAAGGCAAGGAUUUCGAUGCCAAUGUAAACAAGGGUUCCAAGGAGAUGGCUAUCAUGCAGGCAUAGGCUGCCAUAAAGCCUCUUCAGACUGCAACACUGCAAAGUUUAUCUCUGGCCAAUGCGGAGGAAAAAUUAGAACUGCUGUUUUAAUUGGAGGUAGCGUUGCCGGGGCUUCUUUGAUUAUAAGUUUGGGUGUAGUAUGCUGUUUUAUUCGAAGGCGAUCCUAUUCAAAAACCAGAAACAGAACAAAGCACCGCCUAUCUCAAGCUACAGGCAUCAGCAUUCCCAUCUAUCCAUACAAAGAAAUUGAGAAGGCCACAAACGGUUUCUCUGAGAAGCAAAGGCUUGGAACUGGGGCCUAUGGCACGGUUUAUCAAGGAAAGCUCCAUAAUAAUGAUUUAUGGGUUGCUAUUAAAAGGAUAAAACAAAGAGAUACCGACAGCAUUGAGCAAGUAGUAAAUGAGAUCAAGCUCUUAUCAUCUGUGAGCCACCCGAAUCUAGUCCGCCUCUUAGGUUGUUCAAUAGAACAUGGUGAACAAAUCCUUGUCUAUGAAUUCAUGCCUAAUGGAACAUUGUGCCAACAUUUACAAAGAGAAAGAGGUGAUGGACUUGCCUGGCCAGUUCGCCUCACCAUUGCCACAGAAACCGCACAAGCCAUAGCCCAUCUUCAUUCUGCUAUCAACCCUCCAAUAUACCACAGAGAUAUCAAGUCUAGCAACAUACUCUUGGAUUACAACUUUAAGUCCAAAGUUGCAGAUUUUGGUUUAUCUAGGCUUGGUAAGACUGAAAUCUCCCACAUCUCCACUGCACCACAAGGCACUCCUGGAUAUCUUGAUCCACAGUAUCAUCAGAAUUUCCAUCUUUCAGACAAAAGUGAUGUAUAUAGCUUUGGAGUAGUUCUUGUUGAGAUCAUAACAGCUUUGAAAGUAGUGGACUUUUCUAGGCCUCAAAAUGAAGUUAAUUUGGCUGCUUUUGCUUCUGAUAGGAUUGGGAAGGGGCGUUUAGACGAGAUUAUAGAUCCAUUUCUAGAGCCCCAUAGUGAUGCUUGGACCUUUUGUUCGGUUCAUAAGGUUGCUGAAUUGGCAUUCAGAUGCCUUGCAUUUCACAGGGACAUGAGACCUUCAAUGAUGGAGGUAGCAGCUGAAUUGGAGCAAAUCAGGAUGAGUAGAUGGGCAUCUUCUGAAGAAAUCACUUGUACAGUUUCAUCAGAGCCAUCUCCUUGCUCUUCUUUUUCUAAUAUCAGCGAAAAGCCGCUAAGUUUCUCUGUUAAAAAAGGUGGAAUAGAGAGUAGAGGUGGUUUUUUCCUGCUGCACACAGAAGCUAAUAAUGUGGAUAUAAUUGAUGGAUUGAAGGAAAAUUCUCCUGUUUCAGUUCAAGAUCCUUGGUUAAGUGAACAAAGCUCACCUUCAUCAAAUAGUUUGCUAAGUAAUGUUGUAAUUCAAUGAUGAACUGAAUUAAUUAAGGUGGGAAGUGGCUUCAUCUCCUGUUCAUAUUUUUUUAAUUUAGUGUUGUCAAUGCAGCAUUGCAGUGCAACAGUUUUCUCCCUUCACCAUGGCUCCUUGAGCUCUUCAGAGUUACAAGUAUUUGAUGAUGCUCAGUGAUUUCUGAUGAUCGUCUUUGAUCCCUAGUUUCUUAAUUUCAACAUUAUUUUGGACAUUUUUAGUAUAUUGUUUAUACAGAAACGAUAGGUUCUUCCACAACGCA